UGCCUAAGAUGGCGGUAGGAGGAGCGGAUAGGGAGUCCCUUCACAGCCUGGAGGAUCUUCUUCUCUGCGGGAUCUGCUUGGACGACUUCAAGACUCCCAAACUCCUCCCGUGCGGCCACACCUUCUGCGAGAAAUGUCUGGAGAACUUCGCGAAGAGGGGGCGGGCCUUCUGCUGCCCGAACUGCCGCCGGAAGAUCGACCUUCCCCACGGCGGCAUCAAGGCACUGCCCGGGAACUUCUGGAUCGGCGGGAUGCGAGACCUGCUCAUGGCCACGAAGAAGGACGACGACAGACGGCGGGGAGGCUUCCACGAGAAGUGUUUGCUACACAAGGAGGAGGAGCUGAGAUACUUCUGUCUGGACUGCGAGCGGAUGAUCUGUGCGGAGUGCAUGGUGGACGAACACAGCGGGCACCGGGUCAGCCGUCUGAAGGAGAUCCUUGCGCAGAAGCUGGAGGAGGCGAAGACUUUAGAGAACAACACCCGGAGCAUCGUGAACAGCAUCCUGGCCCAGCUGCAGGACCUGGCUAACGACGAGGGCGGGCUGGUGCGGCAGGUGGACGGGGAACGGGCGGAGAUCCACGCCGCCGCGCAGGUCGCGCUCAAGAUGAUCGAGAGUCAGAAGUCGAACCUCCUGAAGCAGCUGGAGUCCGAGUUCGCCGUGCAGCGGUCAAUCAUCUUUGAGGACAAGCAGCGUCUUGAGAACGAUCUUGCCAAGCUUCUCGGCGCCAUGGAUUCUAUUCAAGAAGCGCGACAGACGCAGGACAUUGUCAACCUCAUCACCACCAUCAGACACCUGACGGAGUACAUGCACAUGCGGAGCCGGCGGCCCGUGCGGCUACCUCUCGGCACCUCCAUCCAGUUCUUACCGACAAAGCUCGGGAAGGAAGUCAAGCUCGGAGACAUCUUUACCGCGACGGACACGUUCUGUUCCUCGGACAAAGAACCGGACAACAGUCAGGACUUUGAACCCGAGAAGUUGGUGAGCCUUGAGCCGUCACCAGUAGAGAAAGAAGCUGAGGAAAUUCCGGGGUCUCCACACGUGGUGGUCGUGCCGGGCACGCCGCUUUCCCCCCGCGGGAACUUCCCCCGCAAGAUCCAGUUCGGACGCCGAGGGACGGCGGAGGGCGAGUUCGAGUUCCCCUUCUCGGUCGCCGUGAGAGACGGCUACGUCUACGUCUUGGACAAGUCUUUGAGAACCACCGUGCAGGUUUUCGACUUCAUCGGGACCUUCAUCCGCAGUUUUGAGCUGCUCGGGUUGAAGGCAAACUCCGGAGGGCUCAUCGUCGACAAGGACGGACAGGUGACGUUCGUCGGUAACGCCGGCCCGAUCCAUCAGACCCCCGCCGACUCCGACAAGAACACAAACAUGAUCUACACGCACUCCGCCGACGGACUGUCGGCGAGCCGGAAGAAGCUGUCCAUCGGGUACGACAUGAUACAAGACGCCGCAGAAAUGCCUGACGAGGAAGGGUUCGCCGUCGCCAUGAAGGGAACGAUUGUUAUCCUCGACAAAUCGGGCCAACAGGUGGGUCGUUUUAGUACCAAGGUCGGUGCCAAGCGGGUGGCGCUAACAGUCAGUCAGCACAACGGUGACUUGAUCCUCUCGCUGUUCUACGAAAGUAAGGUGAAAGUGUUCGACAAUAAGGGGACUCUACGGGUAGAGUUUGGGUCCAAAGGAUCCGGCGACGGGCAGUUUGGACAGCCGACGGGACUGUGCGUGGAUAAAGAAGGGAACAUCAUCGUGGCGGACAAGUGGAACCGGCGGGUGCAGCUGUUCGACCGGGACGGGCGGUUCCUGAAGGUGAUCGCGUCGGCGGCAGACGGGCUGGAGGCGCCCAUAGCCGUGGCAGUGGGCUGGGACGGGCUGGACGGCAGGGUGGCGGUCACGGACACCGACAAAUACUGCAUCUUUGUCUUCAAAUAUUAGUAUUCAUUAGAAAGAACAACUGUUUUCUUUAUGAUGUUUAAUCUUCACUGCUAUCGGUAGCAGCGCCUGUGUCCCUUUUCUACGUUUUCUGAUGUAAUAUGGUUCUCGUUUUCUCGGUAUUUGCCGUCAGAAAAAAAUUGCGCUGUGUUGUUGAUGGACGAAACGACUGAGUCUGUCUUACACAAAUAGUACUUAUCUUGAUCGAUUUCCAUGCAAUGAUCCCAACAUGUGAAGCAACAUAAUUGAUGCACAAAAGUAUUUGCUUGGUAUUAAUCGUGUGCCAUAUAUAUAGGGAAUUUUGAAAUUGGCAAAUCGCAAUAGUGUAUGAUAUUAUAAACGCUGAAUCCAUGUGUGCAAUAUAAAUUUGUAUAUAUAAUCAAGGAGAAUUGAAGCGGUUUAAGCAAUGCUUAACAACUAGUUAAUCAGAACCAUGUUUGUGUGCAAGAUGAUAUAUGGAACAGAAGGCUAUCCUUGCCACUUUAUGCUACUAACAUAUAACCUACAAUCGCAGUAAAAGAAACCAAUGUCGUAGAAUGCCGAGAUCUAUAUCAAACGAAAAAGACGAAAAUGUAAAGAAAUGAAUUUGAA